GGCGCCCGCCCGGGAGCAUGUGGAAGCUGGGCCGGAGCCGGGUGCUCCUGGACGAGCCCCCCGAGGAGGAGGAUGGCCUGCGGGCGGGGCCGCCGCCCUCCGUCGCCCCCGCCGCUGCCGCCGCCGCCGCGCAGUCCACCUGGAGGUUGGUGCAGCCCCCCACCUCGUGUCAGGAGCCCCACCAUCCCGACCUGGUUUGGCUGAAGUGUGGUCAACUGAUCGUCCGUUAUUAAACGUGGGUGGGUUUACCCACUGUCCUCACUGGGUAACGGAGAUUACCUGCAACUGAUGGGAAAAGUCGGUGUGCGGAUACGGCAGGUUCAGGGAGCGAGUUUCCGAGGCUGGAAAGAAGUGACUUCGCUGUUUAACAAGGAUGACGAGCAGCACCUGCUGGAAAGAUGUAAAUCCCCCAAGUCCAGAGGAGCUAACUUACGAUUAAAAGAAGACUUGAAGACGGAGAAGAAGUCUGGAUUUUGGGACAAUUUGGUUUUGAAACAGAAUACACAGUCUAAGAAACCAGACGAGAUCGAAGGUUGGGAGCCUCCAAAACUUGCUCUUGAAGACGUGGCAGCCGACUCGGGCGACCCCAUGAGUGACCGUCUGUCUGGGCCGGGCUGGGAGGAGGACGCCAGGGGCUCCACCAAAUACACCAGCCUGGCCGGCGCCGGGAACAGCUCUCGCUGGAGCCUCAGGUCAGCGGGGAAGCUGGUCAGCAUCCGUCGGCAGAGCAGAGGCCACCUGACGGACGACUGGGAGGAGCUGGAGUGACGGCCCCAACUCCCGCGUGUUCGCAAACCAAAAUCUGCCUAAUUUUGCACCUUCGUAUCUCAUUUCAUUCAGAUUCCUAGAGUUUGCUGUAUCAUGGUGUUUUUUUAGUAGAGUAUCAAGUUUGGUCCUUCCCAGAUGAAAAGUGCAGAGAAUCUGCCCUGUGCCGUUUUAUUUGGACUCUCCUCUUCAAAUGCUUACUUAGGAAAUUCCUCAGUGGACACAAACAGGGACCACACGUCGACUGCCUUAUGUGGAAACGUCCUCCUGUCGUCCACGUGUUGCUGAGACUGGAGGGCGUGAGGUUUCUGCUGUCUGGGAGAAGCGCAGUGGUAAUUUGCAUUUUGCCACAAAACCGUCUUCCUGUGUCCUCGGUUGCAGUUCUUUGUUCCGUGGCUUGAUCCCUUUCUCUGCAUGUAGCACAUACGUGUAGUCUAUGACGCAAGAAUGUAGCAGCUGCACAAUUCUCUUCUGUUGCCAGAAACCUGCAAUCCAGGUGUAAAAUGAAUCUUCCAAAGGUGGUGUUACAUUGUGUUAACUCUUCUUUUGUACUAAAUUUUAAAAUAUGCAAGCAGAAUAAAUCCUGGAGAAGCGAAGGCUGUAUCUGAUCAGUGUGAACACACUGUCUGCAAACGCAUCUUCAUCUCCAGCCUCCCGUGAGCCCAUUAGAUGGUGACAGUGGUUCUUACCUUGAGGUUUUAUUUUUACUUCUCCUGAACUUUUAAAUAUUGAUCUUAUUUUCUUCUAAAACUUUGUUCUCCGUUUUUGAUUGCAGAUUAAAGAAUGCUAUAAAGCAUGGAUCAGUUUUAGUAACUUGACACUUAAUUUUGUUUGGAAAAUAAUAACUCGCUCGUUAAGAGUUAAAACUGUAUGUAAAAUGAUGAAAGUGCCUCUCUUCUUUAACACCCAGGGUUUUGUUUUCCCAAAUGAGAGACUGGCUGGUUUGGGCACGUCACUGAGGCGUCUCGUGUGUCUCCAGACUUGCUUUCUGUCUCCCUGAUAGACUGGCCCCUUAGUCGGGUACCCGUGCACGUGUGUCCUCAGCAGGACACCUCCGAUCCCCAGGAGUACGUGUCUAUCUCAGGUCAUGGUGGCUUCACAGAGAAGGUAUAGGGGUUUUUUGGUUAAAAACGAAAACCUCCAGUUACACUGUGCAUUCCUCUCUUUAAAAGCCACUGUCCUCAGUGUUCAGUGAGCAGUUCUGUGCUGUUCCACGUAAGGGGGUGUCAUUUAGCAUUUCUGUGGACUCCGGGGGGUGACACUGUCUGCCUGUCAUCUGUCAUUUCUCAAUCAGUCAUCUGUCUACACUCUGUCAUCUCCAGCCAUCUAUGUACAAUGUAUACCUGUCCUCUAACCAUCUCUCUCUCUCUGUCUACAUAGCGUCCAUCAGUCAUCUAUGUCCAUCUUUUUCUGAGACAAGAAGUUUACUUCACUGAGCCUUGAAAGGGGGACAUGUAAGUGGUGGUAAAAUCCAGUUUGCGUUAGAACCUUGAAAUGGUUAAUACUGGAACUGAAAACCGCGUUUCCUCAGGUAAACAGUUCAGUACAUAGACUGUAGUCCUUCUCCCUAAAGAGACGCUUGCCGUGGCUGCAGACGAGCUCCAGACCGUCGUUCACGCGAGGAUUUUGAAGCAGGAGCCACGGGCUUGCCUUGGGCUAAUCCUGUGUUGAGGUGCAGGGACGCAGACCUCAGGUCCGAGGCUCUGGGCAGGGAGCUCGGUGUGGGGAUGGGGACAGCGUCCCCGCCGUGGGGAGCCUGUGCCCGUGUGCUGUGACGCUCAGUGCCUGUGACACACCCGUGGUGCACAGCCGGCAGGACAGCCCUUCAUACCAUUGUUCCUCAAAACCAGACCGGGGUUGGAAUAUGCACAUAAAUCACACUUACCUACAAAGAUUAACGUAAAAAUGAAUUUUUCUUCUGUUGUAUCUGAUUAAACGAAGAUAACUAUGUGGGUUUUAAUAUAAAUAUUUAUUGGUAUGCUUUGGGGGAAAGAUAUUUUUUCUUGAUAGAAUUUACCGAAGCAUCUUUGUUUUGUUCACUGGCUGAUGAGAGAACAGGUUUGUUUGAAUUCUGUAAAAACAUAGCUUCUCUGUGUGAA